UACAGACACCGCAUGGUAUUUCGUAAACAACAUUAGUUCGACGGUCUUUUUCUAUUCUGUCCUUAAGCUUACUGUGUACUGUGUCUUUAAUUUUGUCAAUGGUUUUAAAAGCUAGUUUUAUGUUAUGUUGUAAUAAGUUGUGUCUCCGUUUUUUUAGCUAGCGUCAAUCAUGCGCUAGCUUAGUCCUGUCACUAAAUUUGUGUCCGAUUCUGAUGCGACGAAGUAGAACCGUUAAACCGAUAACUAAUUUAACUUGAAAAUAGUUUGCAAGUAAGCAGUGUUAGAUCAUGUAGCCGAGCCUCGAUUUUCCCGUCGUUCAUAUAAUCUUGAAUCUUGACUAUCUGAUAUGGCCGAAGUGGAUAAAGGCGACCUUUAAAAGCUUAAGCUCCAUUUUCACCUUCACCAUAAAUCAGUUAGGCAAAUGAAGUACAUGAAGCAAUGCAAUUAAUCAAACGAUGUAAGUUGUUACUAAAUUGUUAAUAAAAUGAAACAAAAUGUAAAAAAAUAAGCGAAAAUUUUAAACUAAUAAACUGAAUAAAAUGAACCGAACGAAUAAAAAAACGAAAUUCACUAAUAAAUAACUAUUAAAAAUAACAUGAAUUAUGAUAAAAAAUUGAAAUAAAAUAAUAAUGAUAAAAAAUUGAAUUGUACACUAACGAGGAAAGCGGAUGUCCAGGAGCGGCUCGAAAUAAUGUCUAUCCUAGAACGGACAGGAUGAGAUAAUAGGGUUCUCAUGAAUUUGAAACAUUUUAGAACAUCGGGCACCUCUCAAAGCCACCUUCACACUGUUUCAAAUUUGAACCAAAAUGAACACAAGUAGUGCUUCGUUUCUGGACUUAACGUCUACGUGUGCGAUCAAACCGGGCUGCCACAUACUGAUGAGACGAAAUCGUUAAUAUUAUUAUUCUUAUAGGAAAUUAUGUUUUAACGGUUUUCCAAGGCUCUGUAAUAAUUUUUUUUCCAGUGCUAUCUGACAUGGCACAGCUAGAAUUUUUACUUCCUAUUUAUGCAGCCAGUCUUUCGAGUGAUAGGUCCAUCCCGAAUGGUCCAUCUCCGUGCGAGUCUGCCAUCACACCACCGAUAAUAGCCCCGAAAGGGACAAUACACAUAUAAUUUACGAUUCCCUGAUGUAUAAUACAAUAUGAUACUAAUUUAAUUUAUCGCCUGCUGCUAUUCCUUUGCUGGUGGUGUUGUGUACACCACCAACGCCUGCAUCGGCAUUCCUCGUCGGGCCAAUAUUAUAAUUAUGUACGAACCUCUUUUGUUCCGUCGACGGCGCUUUCCCAGCUCCCUAUCGACAACGACAGAUGCUCCUCCUGGCCUCCUCCUAGUGUGCGUUUGUCUGUAAAUAGAUCAAAGUAGAAGUAGAAUCAGUUUAAUCAGACGAGAAAUGGGAUUUAAAUUAAUGGCAUUUGAUUCUGAUCAUAUACGAGUUUGUGAAAACAUAGAAUAACAAAAAAGGUGAUGUGAUGUAAUCCUUAAUUAAAUCUAUGGUUUCGAGUCCGGACAUUCCUAUCUCAUAGCCUUCAUUUCCUCCUUUUGUUCCUUAGAUUAGCUUCGAAAGGAUUAUUACCCUAAUCACAGAUGCAAAACAAAGACACAAGAUACCAUCCUCUUUUCUCAGGCUUAUCGUUAACUACUGUUUGCAACUCUUUUGUACUGGCAAGUGGGCCUUGAUGAAUACAGCCACACAACACCUUGAACACACCAGUCAGUGCUUAUCCCAAGCCAGAAAGGAUGACUUUCGAAUUCCUCGCUUUUGUUAGCCUUUCAAGACAGUGAACCUGAGCACACACACACAUACACAAACGUCACUCCCCCCAGUCAGGUCAAGUCGACCCACUGUCCUGUGUUCUGCACCGUGGUGACACUUCAAUUAUCAAGACACAUCCCAGCGCUGGACCGGGAGCACUUCCACCAACCACAAUGGCGGGUUUACCAUGGCGCGAAGAACCAACCGAACCCAACACCCGAUCUAUCAGCGCGCUGUUUUUAUUACCAUCCGACCCGUCCGCAUAUUACGUUGGGGUUGAUUUUCGCUCUUUAGGCCGUUGUCGUCCACUUUUUUCCCGAUCACAGUAGGUGGUGAUGGAAUUUGUCUGUGAUAUCCUUCUGACAAAGGGGGACGACGACGUACGACGACAGCAACGGUGAGCGUUGUUUGUUGUUUUUUUGUUGCUCGUUGGUGGUCGUCGUCGUCGAUCCUAAGGGAAAUGAUAUUAAGCUUUUAUGCUUUGCACGUUAACUGAUUGUUGGUUAAAUGGCGGAAAGGAUAUGGCUGCUAGGGCUUUGAGGGCACACGUUUUCAACAGAAGAAAUAGAGAAAAUUGUGGUUACAAAAUGUGCAAAUAUUUACUGUUCGAAAGAUUGUUAAACCGAACAAUGGUGACUUGUUAUCCUGAACUUUGAUAAAGAUUACAACUUGACAGAUGACGAGGGACUCAAGAUCCUUCUGUGAUAUCCAAUGUUAUUUGAGAAGAAAACAGACCAGAUAAGGAUGAAAAGAACAGAUCCUGAACAAUGAAACAGCAUCCCGUAAUUCCCUCCGACUACGAUUUACAUGUAUUACAUGGUUUUUCAAGCCACAUGCAGUGCACAUGUUGUGGGCGUACCUACAUGCGGCUUCCCGGCACGAAGUCUGAUAGGAUGAUGAUAGCAACCUUGUGGAUCACAUUUCCCGGAAGGGUAGCAGCUCCGAUAUCGGGUGACUAAGCCGGCCGCAGAAAAGCUAAUAUUAGCUAGCAAUAACAGUGGGUGGUAGUGGCACGAAGCGACAGCGACGAUAAUACACGGCACUGAGUUUAAAACGAAAGUGAAUAAUGAGACACAAUCAUCAAUUAGUGAAAGUGACAAAUUUCCUAUUCCAUCUGACGCUGGUUCUACCGGGAGUGCUAGUGGAGCGGAGGAAUACAGCUGCCAGAGCGGAUGCUAGCAGUGGUGGUGGUGGAGAGGUGGUGCAGUCCGGAAAGGGGGAAUUGAUGCCACCCAGCAACUCGGUUGGGGUGGGUGGCAUCGAACCUCGACAUGGAAAAGGAUACUAUAAAGGAUCACCCCACUGCACCCGAUUAGUGUUCAGCUCCGGCAGAGCUCGGAAUGGCAGCAUAGCACCGUCCCAUUCGAAGCAUUCCGGUCUAUUCCCUUCGGCGAUUUGCUACCAGUACGAGUUUGUCGGUCAGGGUCUCGAACGUAUUCAGAUCGUAUUCUCGGAAUUCAGGCUGCCUUCCAAGCUGGAACCAAACGAAUGCGGCGAGACGGAUAUUCUGAUGGUAUUUUCCCACCAGGACGGCCGGGACGAGGUGAUCGAGACACUCUGCGGGGACAUCCUGCCAAAGCCAAUUCUGUCGAAUGGACCACGGCUGCUGCUGGAAUUUCGCAGUACCUUCAACAACACCGAGAACAAAGGAUUCACGGCGGAUUUCUUUUUUCUAACCAAUUUCGGCAUCCCAACGGGCCACCAGCCGAACCAGUCGGAGUGUAGUUUCCAUUACUUCAAGAAUGCCACCAACCAGGGAUGGAUUCAGUCACCUAAUUUCCCCGGUGCCUAUCCAAGGAACAUCCGGUGUAAUUAUUUCUUCUACGGUGACCCGCUCGAUUAUGUGCUGAUCCGGUUUACCUACUUCGACAUCGAGGGAAUCGCUCCCUGCGACGAAAACUCCGCCAGCGACUACGUGGAGUUUUCUAAUUUUAUCACCCGGGAUCGCAAAUUCGCCCUGUACUGCGGUCUCCGACGAGAUCUGAUCGUCCGCUCGGAUGGGCGCUUCUUUCGUGUCACCAUGGCAUCCAAUGACCGGCUGGAUGGAACCGGAUUCCGGGCACUGUACGCCUUCGAGAGUAGCAUCUCGGCCGGUAUGCUCGGUGGCCCGUCCGGAGGUAGUGGCGGUGGGGGAGUCGUUGGUGUUGUGGGAGCCGCUGGCGUUCCCUAUCUGCCCCAGCAGCAGCAACACCAACAGCAGCAGCAGUAUCGGGUGGUGGUGGCGGUGACACCGUUGACGACGAUGACGACGACUACGGCGACCGGGCGGAACACCGGUCACAGCAGACGGCGUGCCUCGGGCGGUUCGGGCGGAUUCAGUUCAGAACUGCGCUCCCACGGUCUUAUCCUAGUACUGAUGAUGCAGUUGCUGCUGCUGCUACUGAUAUCAUCCAGAGCGGAGGCGGCUAUAGUCGGAACAAACAGACAGUACGUCGCCGUCACGUACUCGACCCAUCGUCGUCAUCAACAUCAUCAUCCUCAUAAGCUCAAGCAACAUUGUUAGCCCUAUCCUGCUGUUGCUUCCGUUGACGACGACGACGACGACAACAAAAAGAACGACAUGUACGAGAUUCCGCAGUGCAUGCAGACAGACAGCUAAGGAGGUGACGACACGAUACACGUCCGACUCCGUGACGUUUGGGCGGUGGCGAUGGGAAGCUGCAUCAUCUGGGUGGACGAGUAAAUUGUCUUGAUAAUCCUGGAUCAUUGGUUCGAGUAUGUGUCAAACACGUCCGGGACUGACUGAGAUGCUGAACGUCAUUAACGGUUGGGAAAAUAGAUAUCCGCAGUUUUUAGCCCUACGUGGACAGAUUAUGAACGGAAGAAUCGCCGAAACAAAGUAUCCGUAGCGAUGAGAAGGAUAAUUGGAUAGCUCGAAUUUCUUAGCUAAUUGAAAUACGUAACGUCUUUCGAGACAGCUUUAUUACAGAGCUAAAAGACGAAUUGUUUUGUUUUACAGGAACGAUUUCCUAUUCAGUCAGAAAAGUGAAUCUGCCAUAAUCUAAGUUAUCAAAUUAAAAGUGGAAAAAAAGAUGGAACUGAAUAAUUGAAGCUGAAGCAUACUUGAAUAUGUUACACUGAACAAGCCGCCAGCCAGAGAAAAAAAAAACAAAUGUACAUACCCAACAGCAAAAAAAGAAACAGAAUCAAAGUAGAUUAGAUAUAGUUUUCCCUUUGAUCCCGACCAGCGGGAUCGUGAUUGUGAUCAACUUGCGGAAAGCGAAUAGCGCUAUAUCUGCACAAAAUACGCGAGAAAAAAUAUGAAUCUAUGCAUGUGUGUGACUGUCUGUGUGCCACAUCCUUAUCCCGCAGCAUCCGAGUGAGACAGAACGUAUAAAACUGACUAAAAUAAAACAAUUUCGUGUGGAAAUUUUCCAGAAA